AUGCGAAGGAGCGGGGGCCGCGAGAGAAAAACCAUGAGAGCGGCCUUUUUGGUCGUCCUGCUCUUUAGAGCAGCGGGAGCGCUGGUUGUGGGGAAGCUGGGGUCGGUGCUACUAGCACGAGCAGCCAACGCACAAGGCCGCAACUCGGUCCGUUCAAGCAGGCCAACAGCAGCACCGACAGCAGCAGCAAGAGCGCGACCGCCGCCACGAUGGGGUUGCUCACGACGGCCAACGGGACCGGCCGCCCUCGCGCAAGACUUGUGGCGAGGGAGCUCCUUGUUGAGCUCGACCGUGGCGUCUUGGCCCUCUGUUGAAGGCACCGCCGACGGCAGCCGAAACGGGGGACCAAGCGGCGACAAGGACAGAGCAGGGGGAGCAAAAGGCAGCGGCCGUGGUUGGACUUUGAAGGAGCAGGAAGGGCCGGCCUGGACGGAGAUAGUCUGGGACGAGAGCAAGGAGCGGUUCGUGGAGGCGGACUCGUUGCGGGACAGGAGCAACUCGCAGAGGGUUAGGGGCGCCGUAGGGGGGCUGCAGCUGCUCUUGCGGCACUGGUUCAUCCCCGAAGACGUGACGCCGGACUACUACCACUUCACCUUCUGGAGGAUGUUCCAGAGGUUCGUCGCUGGGACGAUCAACGUUUUCGGCACGCAGGCGCUGUUGCUCGCGCUGGGUAUCAAGGCUAAGAGGUUGGGCGCGGCAGCUGCGAUGAGCUGGGUGCUCAAGGAUGCUCUUGGCAAGUUCGGGCGUAUUCUGUGGGCGUCAAAAAUGGGGCGGCGGUUUGACUCGGACGCAAAGCGAUGGCGCUUUCGCAGCAGCCUCCUCUACGCGGCGGGGAACGGCCUCGAGAUCGUCACGUACGUGUUUCCGGCGAGCUUUCUCGUCUUGGCCGCGAUGGCGAACUCGUUCAAGCAGAUGAGCAUGCUCACGUCGAGCGCCACGCGCAACACCAUCUACCGCAGCUUUGCCCGCGGGGAGAACAUCGGGGACAUCACCGCGAAGGCCUGCCCUCCCGCCGCUGCUAUGCCGAACGCAAAAAAACACGAAGGGGAGGCGCAGAUCGCCGUCGUCGACGUGCUCGGCAUGCUCUCGGGGAUCGGGCUAUGCACGCUGGUGGGCACGUCGAGGCAGACCAUCGUGGCCGCCUACGUGAUCCUGAGCCUGGUCGACAUCUCCGCGAUCUACAACGAGAUCCGCGCGGUCUGCUUCAGCGUGCUUAACCACGAGCGGACCCACCUCCUGGUCCGGGACUUCGUCGCCUCGGGGAGCGACCCGUCCGCCAUGGCGCAGACGCCCGUCGUACCUCGCUCUCCCUACUCUUCCUCGGCCCUGGAGCCCCUCGAGAGCCUCCUCCAGACGAUCGCCGUCGGAGAUACCGCGGCGGCGGCGGCGGCGCCGGGUUUGGGGGGGAGCGGUGGCGCUCCUGGUGGUGGUGGUGGUGGUGGUGGUGGUGGUGGUGGUGGUGGUCCCGCUGGGGACUUGGAAACGGAACCGCUGCUGCAGCGACGGUCCGGGCGGGAGAAGGGGGAAGUAGAAGUAGAAGCGGCCAAGGCGGCACCGCUGACAAUCGAGGAGAAAGAGGAGGCGGGGAAGGGCCUGCUUUCGUCCCCGUCCACCGUCUCGAGGCGGGAGAACAUUUUCUUGGCUUCGAGAUUGACCACAAAUGCUUUCAAGACGUGGUCGCAGGCGGGCGUGAGCAUGGAUGGCGUUACUGAUCUCCUCCGAAUCUUCGGGAACGAGCGUUACAUGUUGGCGUACACGGAGAAGAAGAGGAGGAGGCAAGCGAAAAGGAUCAUCAGAGCCAGAGCGGGAGAUGGCGGCGGCGGCGACAGGGCGGCGCCGAGAGGAAUAGUGAGCGUGAUUCUCCACAGAGACGCGACAGGGGCCGACACGGUUAAGUCUCUUCUCGCGCUCGAGUACCUCCAGGACGAGCUGAAGCAGGCGGGCUUCGAGGUCGUGGGGGCACCGCCGGCCGCAAGAAGCGGUGGCAGAGCAAUGCCGCCCGCCGCCAAGACGAGACCCGUCAACGGUGACGGCUCGCCGGCGGUCGCGGAGCCGGCGGCGGCGGCGGUCACAAGGGGAGUUCCGCCGCCGCCGCCAGGCGGCGCUGAGCAGGGGGAGGCGGCGUCGGGGGCACCAACCCCGAGAAGUAGUGGCGGGGCGGCUCCUGUGUUGAGCGCAGCAGGGGCGGGGCGGGCGGAAUCUGAGCGACCCCAGCCGUCCUCCGCGGAGCUGCGCCGCUGCCUGGAGGCCGCGCGACGAAGAGCGGAGGAGGGCGCGCCCGGGUUUUUCGCGGCGCUGGAGACGUUGGGGUGGAGCACGGAGAAGUUCAUGUUCGGAAACAUCAAGUCGAGGGUGGAGUGGAGAUCCUGA